UGAGAAGAAGGACCUGUCCCGUAGCCUUGAUGGCAAAGACCAUAAGAUAGAGUAACUUGUUUAAUGACAAUGAAAUGUUGAGUUAUUGAUAUACUUGUUAUCUCUGAAGUUUGAAUCCAUAUGGCACAACGCUGUAACCAGUUUGGUGGAUCUGUUUAAAAGAAAGCCGCUUUUGCCUUUGUUGUGCACUGGUGAACAAGAAGAAUAUCUCCGGUCAUCACUGUAGGCUACUUUCCGAACUUUAUACCGCUACCAUGAAUUCCGACAAGCAGGUGACGUUCCAGCUGAUGCUGGCUGUGGGGACGGCUGUUAUUGGCUCCUUGCAGUUUGGUUACAACACCGGAGUCAUCAAUGCCCCUCAGAAGAUCAUUGAGGGCUUCAUCAAUGACACGUACGUGGGCAGGUACACAGUGGCCAUCCCAACGGCCACCCUCACCACCCUCUGGUCCAUAUCGGUGGCCAUCUUCUCCGUCGGCGGCAUCGUAGGCUCCUUCUCCGUGGGACUGUUCGUCAACCGCCUGGGCAGGAGGAACUCGAUGCUCGUGGCCAACGUCCUGGCCUUCAUCUCCGCCGGCUUCAUGGGCUUCUCCAAGCUGGCCGCCUCGUGGGAGAUGCUGAUCAUCGGGCGCUUCAUCGUGGGCCUCUACUCCGGCCUCUCCACGGGCUUCGUGCCCAUGUACGUGGGCGAGAUCGCCCCCACUGACCUCCGGGGGGCGCUGGGCACGCUGCAUCAGCUCGGUGUUGUCAUUGGCAUCCUCGUGGCACAGAUCUUUGGGAUCGACUCCAUCCUGGGCAACGCCACGCUGUGGCCCUUCCUGCUGAGCUUCACCUUCAUCCCCGCCCUGCUGCAGUGCAUGCUGCUGCCCUUCUGCCCCGAGAGCCCGCGCUUCCUGCUCAUCAACCAGAACGAGGAGGGCAAGGCCCAGGACGUUCUGCGUAAGCUGCGAGGGACGGACGACGUGAACACGGACAUGCAGGAGAUGCGCGAGGAGAGCCGGCAGAUGAUGCGGGAGAAGAAGGUGACCAUCCUGGAGCUGUUCCGCUCGCCGCUCUACCGCCAGCCGCUCCUCAUCGCCGUCAUGCUCCAGCUCUCACAGCAGCUGUCUGGCAUCAACGCUGUGUUCUACUACUCCACAGCCAUCUUUGAGAAGGCAGGCGUGAAGCAGCCAGUCUAUGCCACCAUCGGUGCCGGGGUGGUCAACACGGCCUUCACUGUGGUCUCGCUGUUUGUGGUGGAGCGUGCGGGCCGCAGGACGCUGCACUUGACCGGCCUGAUGGGGAUGGCCGUGUCCGCCGUGCUCAUGACCGUCGCCAUGGCGCUGCUGGAUAAACUGAAGUGGAUGUCGUAUGUCAGCAUCAUCGCCAUCUUUGCCUUCGUGGCGUUCUUUGAGAUCGGGCCCGGUCCCAUCCCCUGGUUCAUCGUGGCCGAGCUCUUCAGCCAGGGCCCUCGCCCGUCAGCCUUCGCUGUGGCCGGCUUCUCCAACUGGUCAGCUAACUUCAUUGUGGGCAUGUGCUUCCAGUAUGUGGCGGAACUCUGUGGGCCGUACGUCUUCAUCAUCUUCACCGUGCUGCUCCUCGGCUUCUUCGUCUUCACCUACUUCAAGGUGCCCGAGACCAAGGGCCGCACGUUCGACGAGAUCGCCGCCGGCUUCCGCCAGCCGUCCGGCCGCGAGAAGUACAGCGCCGACGACUUCAACAGCCUGGGCGCCGACUCCCAGUUCUGAGGCCGCACCUCAAGGUGGGGUUUUGGGGGGUGGUUUUGGGGUGGGUGACAGGUUGGUGGUAUUUCUGCUGCUGUCACUAAACACCUGACCUGAUCCACCCACCCCACCCCCG